AUGGUGAAGAAACCGAAGCACCUCCGUCCUCAGCCGCGUAAAUCUUCAUUGCCGACGCAUGCUUUCACAGUUCUUAUACUUUUACUCUUCUCCAUUCUCAUCCUUCUUGGUCUCGGGAUCCUUUCACUACCCAGCACCAGCAUGAUCUCUUCAAGGCCGACAGAUUUGAACACUGUUGAACGGACUAGUGAGGAGAGGGAGAGUACUUAUGGAGACGAAGAAGGUAACGGUGAGCGUUGGGUUGAAGUUAUAUCGUGGGAGCCUAGAGCUUUCCUUUACCACAAUUUCUUGACAAAUGAAGAAUGUGAGCACUUGAUUAGCCUCGCAAAACCUAACAUGGCGAAGUCAAAGGUGGCUGAUGUCAAAACUGGAAGGAGCAAAGACAGCAGAGUACGAACAAGUUCAGGAGCUUUUCUUAAAACUGGGCAUGACGAAAUAGUGAAGGAGAUUGAGAACAGAAUUUCAGAUUUCACAUUCAUUCCUGUAGAAAAUGGAGAGAGUCUACAAGUUCUACAUUAUGAAGUUGGGCAAAAAUAUGAGCCUCACCAUGACUACUUCACAGACGAGUUCAACGUCAAAAGAGGAGGGCAGCGAGUUGCUACUGUUCUUAUGUACCUCUCGGACGUUGAUGAAGGCGGUGAAACAGUUUUCCCUUUGGCCAAAGGAAAUAUUAGUGAUGUCCCAUGGUGGAACGAGCUCUCACAAUGUGGUAAAGAAGGACUCUCUGUUCUUCCAAAGAAGAGAGACGCUUUGGUCUUCUGGAGCAUGAGGCCUGAUGGGUCUCUAGACCCUUCGAGUUUGCAUGGUGGCUGUCCAGUGAUUAGAGGAAACAAGUGGUCAUCAACUAAAUGGCUACACAUUCACGAGUACAAGAAUUGA